ACCACACCCAUUAGUUGACCACGUGCUUACAUGAUGGCAAGUACAGAGUUCCCUGAAUUUCUUUUUCCCGUUUGCCAUGUCAAAGAGGAAUAUAUAGAGACUACAGUCGAGGAGAACUCAAGUUCAAUGUGGGGGUUUCAUCAGCGCCUCAAUCAGGUAGAGUAUGGCAAUCUCUCAGCUUUUGUCUUGAACGAGAGAGAAGGAGGUGAAGAAAGGGUUAAAAAUAGCAGUCACGAUGAGCUACACUACAGGAAUGGCUCUCGUGAUCAAAUUGUUCAUUACUUGACCAGUCCCCUUCCUUUACUGCCUCCUAACGCAACCACACCUUAUGAUUUUGUACUGAAAUCGGAUAAAAUAAACUUGACAAAGAAGCUCGUUGACAAUCAAUAUCGCUACUUUAAGCUCAAGUUUCCUCAUACAUAUGUACCAGUCAAGACACUUAUAACGAACAUCAAAGAAGCUGUGAUUUCCAACCAUAUUAAUGAAGAUAUUGAGCCAUGCCAAGGCUCAGUGGUUGAGUAUGUCCCUAGUUUACUUGGAAGUGAUGAGAAAAUGGAGGGAUAUCUGAUUUUUGCAGGCGGUCCUAAUCUUAAUGAGCUCAAUAUUACUGUAUUAUCUCAUCACACUGACAGUAAUCCUAGUAGCUCUGAUGUGAAGGAUUACGAGUCUUUCUAUCAAUACAUUAAUGAGUCCGGUUCACUGCGACCCUCUUGUGCUGAAACCCACAGAAUGCCUGGAAGGAUAAGAGAGAUUGAUUCAGCAAUUGUGAAUGAAAGAAUAUUUGUUGCUGUAAGGACUGGCUAUUACAUUGCAUUAUUUGAUGGCCCAAGCAAGUCAACCGAAAAACGUCUCAGAAGAAAAUGGAAGAGCUCGUCAGUAAUGUCUCCAUCUCCAGUUACUCUUCUCAAGUCACUCAAAGUUUAUCAAACUCCUGCCCUUACUAGCUCCAUCUCAAUCUGUCCUUAUAUUUAUGGAGAGUGUUUAUUUAUGAUUGAAACUGGUGGGCUCUAUUUGUGGAGCUUUGAAGGAGGGAUAAAAGAAAUCCAGUCGCCUUUAUGUGGCCCUUCCUCUCUCUCACACUUGUGGAGGUGCGUCUGGGGGCCGCACCUUUUUUCUGCCGUUGUCCUGGAGCAUAACUGUGUCUCGUUAGUUGAAUUUAGGAACGAUAAGGUCACGCAUACAUAUAUUAUAGAUCGGGACAGUAAGUACAUGUCAUCUAAUUGGAUCACGUCAGCUAUUGUACAGCACCCAAUCCAACCAUUUUACAUAUUCAUUGCAACGACUGAUAAAGUGUUGCUGUUUGAUUUACGCCAGCUGCAUGAGCCGGUUUUAGAGAUAAGGCACGAGAUUUCAAAGACGAUACAUUAUUUGGGCGUGGCUUGUUUUUCAUGGCAGCCGGAAGUGACUAGUCUAAUGAUGUCUUCACUGCAUGGCCCACAAUGUCAGGUUGUGAAUAUAAGAGGUGGUUACAAUUUAUCUGAAGAGAAAGUUCUUCCGCCAAGAAUAUCAAUGACGUUACAUGCCGUAGAUACAUACAGUACAUUUUGUGAAGAGCUCAAUCUCUCAUCAUCGCUACUUUACUGUCGUCUAACUCAGAGUCUAGCUGGGGCUUGUUUCGUUCCUCUCCUCUCUUCACAGUCACAUUGUGCUGUUUUCAUUUCCUCAAAAGGUGACCUUUUCUACCAGUCGUGGCUUUACGGGGCUCCUCCCCCAAAAACAAAACCAGUCGUACCUCAUUUACCGUCAGAGGUCAAAUUAUGGGUCGAAGAAGCGUUGAAGAUGGAGAGGGAAGUUGAGACAACGACUGUCGGCCUUGCCAGUAAAGAAGGGAAGACCAAUGAUUUUGAGCUAAUAUUUGAUUAUAUAUUGUCAGAUUUACCUGAUGAGGGUUUAUGCUUGAAGUGUGCGACUAUACUUCCAUUGGAAGGAAUCAGAGUAGAGCCACACCCUCCUCCACCAACCAAUGGGACUAGCAUUCUUUGGAGAUGCUCCUUUUGUCUUGAAAGACAAGUACUGAGAAGAUAUCUGAAGGAGACAGAGAGUCUUGAUGUUGAUACGACUGGUAUAGAGUAUUUACAGAAGGUGGCAGGGAUUUCAAAUGAGACUGAUCCUAAGUCUCUAGUUUCAGAGUAUGACGAGUUAUGUGACUUGUGGGAUAAGUGGGACACUGCUCCGGAACCAGAGAAUGAAAAUGAGACCCCUGGGGGUGAGGGGGGAAAAGCUGAUUUGCAUCCUAUCAAAGAAGAAGGAAUGGAGGAUAGUCAGUCUAAAGCUUCACAAUCAAGAACCAAUGAUACCCCAUCACAGCCGAGAAAGAAAUCAAAAUUUGGAUUUUAAUAAUGUUUAUUUUAAUA